UUGCAUUUUCCUUUUUACCCCCUUUUCCCAUGUUCUUUAUUGAUGCUUUCUUGAGCAGCUGUUUUUGAUUAUUUUCAUGUAAGCAAUGUGUUUGAGUUUUAGUCUACAUCAGAAUUUCAACGGAAAAUCACUUUCCCACCUUUUUCUCUUUGCUAAAUGUGUUUCUGAAUGAAUGUAUAUGCAUGUUUUCUGCGUGUAAGAAAGUAUGCACAUUAGUACAGAUAUUUGUUUAUCCAGUGGAAUCAGAGUUGUUUGGUAUCUGUUAUCUUGGACAAACUUAGGCUACCGAAUUUCGAAUGGAUGAUUAUAAUCUCAGUUAUCAAUGUCGGGGAAAUGAUGGUAGACCCCACUCCCCCCAACAAAAUUCUAUGGAUCUCAUUUCUUUGUUUAUCUUUUUCGUUGUCUGUCCUCAAGAGUCAAAUGUCUGUUGCAAAAUGUCCUUUAGCAUCAAAAUCUAUGCUGAUAGAUACUUGCAGAUUUUUGUGCAAUUACUUAUAGUUACUCAAUUUGUGAUAAUCAAAAUGCAGGGCAACUGGUUUGUGGCAUACUUGAACUGUAUUGAACUUUUUGGAGGUAAACCUGCAUUUUCAUAUAUGGCUCGUAACAACCAUAACGACAAAUCACAAGUUCCCAACACCCGAGUGGGGCGGCUCUUGAGAGAAAGGGAGCUGAGAAGAAGUGGUAGAACCUCUGAUGCCACUGACGGCAUCAGAGGGCUUGAGAUUUCUGAUAUUGACUCUUCUUCAGGAUCUUCGUCUACAGAGCACAACGUGGAAAGCGAAGAGUCGGAAAGUCCUGAGCGCAGGCCGAUCAAACAGAGAUUGUUAGUGGUUGCUAAUAGACUUCCUGUAUCUGCAGUGAGAAAGGGUGAAGAUUCGUGGUCACUUGAUAUAAGUGCAGGAGGUCUAGUGAGCGCUCUUUUGGGUGUGACGGACUUUGAGGCACGAUGGAUUGGCUGGGCAGGUGUUAACGUACCGGACGAGAUUGGGCAGAAGGCACUCACUAAGGCUCUAGCUGAGAAGCGGUGCAUACCUGUUUUUCUGGAUGAAGAGACUGUUCACCUGUAUUACAACGGGUACUGCAACAACAUUUUAUGGCCUCUUUUCCACUAUCUUGGACUUCCACAAGAGGACCGCCUGGCAACUACCAGGAGUUUCCAGUCGCAGUUUGCUGCAUACAAAAAGGCAAACCAAAUGUUCGCUGACGUGGUCAUCGAACACUAUGAAGAGGGUGAUAUUAUUUGGUGCCAUGAUUAUCAUCUCAUGUUUCUUCCAAAAUGCCUGAAGGAUUAUAACAGCCAGAUGAAAGUUGGAUGGUUUUUACAUACGCCUUUCCCAUCUUCCGAGAUCCACCGAACACUGCCAUCACGAUCAGAACUACUGCGUGCGGUUUUAUGUGCGGAUUUGGUUGGUUUCCACACCUAUGAUUAUGCAAGACAUUUUGUAAGUGCUUGCGCUCGUAUUCUCGGACUAGAAGGUACUCCUGAAGGUGUAGAGGAUCAAGGGAGACUAACUCGUGUGGCUGCAUUCCCAAUAGGAAUCGAUUCAGAAAGGUUUACUCGUGCUCUUGAAGUUCCUAAGGUCCAGGAAUACAUUAGAGAAUUAAAAGAACGAUUUGCUGGAAGGGUGGUAAUGCUUGGUGUGGAUCGCCUUGAUAUGAUCAAAGGAAUUCCUCAAAAGAUACUAGCAUUUGAAAAAUUUCUAGAGGAUAGUCCGGAAUGGCGUGAUAAGGUGGUUUUGCUGCAAAUUGCUGUACCUACAAGGACAGAAGUUGCUGAAUAUCAAAAACUUACAAGUCAGGUUCAUGAAAUUGUGGGGCGGGUCAAUGGAAGAUUCGGAACGUUGACCGCAGUUCCAAUUCAUCAUCUGGACCGUUCUCUCGACUUUGCUGCCUUGUGUGCAAUUUAUGCUAUCACUGAUGUAGCACUUGUCACUUCCUUGCGGGACGGAAUGAAUCUUGUCAGCUAUGAGUUUGUAGCAUGUCAAAAUUCCAAGAAAGGGGUUCUCAUCCUCAGUGAAUUUGCUGGAGCAGCACAGUCUCUUGGAGCUGGAGCGAUUCUUAUAAAUCCUUGGAACAUAACAGAAGUUGCUGCUGCAAUAGGCCAAGCUCUGAAUAUGCCUGCUGAAGAAAGAGAGAAACGCCACCAUCAUAACUUUGUGCAUGUAACAACUCAUACUGCUCAAAAGUGGGCUGAAGUCUUCGUAAGUGAACUGAACGAUACUGUUAUUGAAGCUCAGCAGAGAAUAAGAAUAGUUCCACCUCAACUUCUUGCCGGUGAUGCAAUCAGGCGUUACUUGGAGUCGGACAAUCGGUUACUGAUACUGGGUUUUAAUGCUGCAUUGACUGAACCAUAUGAUAUUCCUGAAAGAAGAGGGAGAGAUCAAAUAAAAGAGAUGGAGCUUAAAUUACAUCCCGAGUUAAAACAACCUCUGACAAUGCUUUGUAGUGAUCCAAAAACAACAGUGCUGAUCCUCAGUGGAAGUGACAGAAAUGUUCUGGAUGAUAACUUCUGGGAGCACGACUUGUGGUUGGCAGCCGAGCAUGGUAUGUUUCUACGAUCCACGAAAGGAGAUUGGAUGACCACAAUGCCUGAGAACUUAAAUAUGGAUUGGGUCGAUAGUGUAAAGCAUGUUUUUGAGUACUUCACUGAAAGAACCCCAAGAUCGAUUUUCGAGGAAAGGCAUACUUCACUUGUGUGGAACUACAAAUAUUCAGAUGUUGAAUUUGGAAGAUUGCAAGCUAUGGACAUGCUGCAGCAUCUUUGGACUGGCCCGAUAUCUAAUUCAUCCGUUGAUGUUGUCCAAGGAAGCCGCUCGGUUGAGGUGCGAGCAGUUGGGGUUACAAAGGGAGCGGCUAUUGAUCGUAUAAUUGGUGAGGUUGUUCAUAGUAAAGGCAUGAGCUCACCGAUAGAUUAUGUCUUAUGCAUAGGGCAUUUCUUGGAAAGGGAUGAAGACAUCUACACAUUUUUCGAACCCGAGCUUCCUCCAGAUUCAAUGGGUGGAUCAAGAUCAAAAUCAACAGACUCAACAAGCAGACAUGGGAGUGAAAAAAGGCCGACUCCACCAAAGCUUCAAACUGUCGGGAGAAGCAACAGCUCAAGGAGAUCGAGCGGCGGCAGCAGCUCAGGGAGCGGCAGGCGGUCAACACAGGAGGAGACUGCUUGGAACGUAGUCGAUCUCAAGUCGGAGAACUAUUUCUCUUGUGCAGUUGCAAGAACACGUACACAUGCUCGAUAUCUGAUCAACUCUUCGGAAGAUGUGGUUAGCUUUAUCAAGGAGAUUGCAGCAGCUGGAGCAUCACCCUCCAAUUCUUCAUACUGAGUUUGCCAUGCUUCAGAUAAUAAUUGAUCAAAUUCUUCUAUCAAAUCACCCCUACCCUAGCCUAGCCUAGCCUAGCAUAUAACCUAGCCUAGCUCUCUGGGAGUAGAGUCUAUAAGCCCUUUGUAAUGUUUUAGGUUUAGUUGCUAAUAACUGCCAGAAAACCUGAUCUCUAUCUAACCUUGGCUUCAUAAUAUGCAUAUAUAGGAAGUCAACAUUCCUCUCUC